AUGCCUAGUUUACUUUCAAGAAAUCCAUUCCAUACUCACCACUCGAGUAGUAGUCUGGCUCACGGGCAGCGUCACAACAAUACCUCUCCUACAACUUCUCACUCCCAUAAUGAUAGAGAUUCUGCCUCAACACAACACAUAAAUCCACCUCUAAAAAGAAGUUCAAAAUCGUUUUUAAGUUUUAUAAGCAGAAAACCAAGUAUGGAUUCAAUAAGAAGUGAAAAAUCAAAUGAUUCAACUUUACAUUCUCCUCAUGCGUCUCACAGUAAUAAUCACCACCAUUUAGGUGCUUCUGAUCUAAGUGGACCUGCAUCUCCCAAGCAAAGUCAUUCAAUGGCGGAAUUGAAACGGUUUUUCAGACCUUCAAUGAAUAAAAAACUGUCUAUGAGUCAACUUCAUACUUCCACACAUACUCACCACUCACCACCACCAUCAAAUUCAGCCUCUACAUCAACUUUAAAUUUAAAUGCCCAUUAUUUGCAUCAUCAAAAUGAUGUUUAUCAACAUCAUCAUCCUCACGGAUCUACGGAUCAUUACGCACAUACUCAAUCUGCUAUCCCACCAAGCACCGAUUCCAUUCUUUCUCUCUCAAAUAAUAUUAAUAUUUAUCAUGACGAUUCCAUAUUAGCUCAAAAAUACGGGAAAUUAGGAAAAUUAUUGGGUGCAGGUGCAGGUGGUUCUGUGAAAGUGUUAGUAAGACCAACGGAUGGUGUCACAUUUGCAGUAAAGGAAUUUAGGCCAAGAAAACCAAAUGAAUCAGUUAAAGAAUAUGCUAAAAAAUGUACCGCUGAAUUUUGUAUCGGUUCAACUUUACAUCACCCAAACGUGAUUGAGACCGUUGAUAUCUUUUCUGAUUCUAAACAAAAUAAAUAUUUUGAAGUUAUGCAAUAUUGUCCUGUGGAUUUUUUUGCCGUCGUCAUGACAGGGAAAAUGUCAAGAGGUGAAAUCAAUUGUUGUUUAAAACAAUUAUUGGAAGGUGUUAAAUAUUUACAUUCAAUGGGGUUAGCACAUCGUGAUUUGAAAUUAGAUAAUUGUGUCAUGAACGAAGAUGGGAUCUUAAAACUAAUUGACUUUGGUAGUGCUGUAGUAUUUAGAUAUCCUUAUGAAGAUGAUAUUGCCAUGGCACAUGGUAUUGUUGGGAGUGAUCCAUAUUUGGCUCCUGAAGUUAUUACAUCAACAAAGUCAUAUGACCCACAAUGUGUCGAUAUUUGGUCCGUAGGUAUUAUUUAUUGUUGUAUGAUGCUUAAGAGAUUUCCGUGGAAGGCUCCAAGAGAAUCAGAUGACAAUUUUAGAUUAUAUUCUAUGCCGGAUGAUAUGGAACAUGAUUAUGUGGAAUCUGCAAGACAUCACGAAGAAUUGUUAAGAGAAAGAAAAGUAAGACGUCAAAGAUUACAAGGAGGAUCCUCCAAAGAUCAAAUUGAUCAACAUCAUGCAGAUGAACACUCAUUACCUCAAAGUUCAGAGGAAAAGAAAGUCAUUGAACAACCAGUUGAGACUCCAAAGAAACCAGAAGAAGAUCUGAUAAAGGCAAAAGCAGAACAACCACAACAGUUACCGACCCCACCACCAAGUAAUACUCCUAAUCAAGAGGUAGACGAUUCUAAUGCAAAAAAAGAGAAUGAAACAACACCUGAGCCACUUAAAGAUGAUAAAGUGGAAGCACAACAACCUGAGCCAAUCAAAGACGAUAACAAAGGAGGACAGCGACCUGAACAAACAACAAACACAGAGGCUCCAAAGGAGAAGGCUGAAGAACAUAACCAUUCAACUCAGGGACGUGAGCAACCUCAUGUUAAUGAAAGAAUGCAUGUUGAUUCUCGAAACCAAAAUCAAGAUCAAAAAUCCAUCAUGUCACAUAAAACAACCAUAACGCAGGGCCCAACUCAAAAUGGAGGUCCACAUCAUCAUAAGAAGACGAUACAUGGACCAUACCGUCUACUACGUUUGUUACCACACGCAUCUAGGCCUAUAAUGUCCAGGAUAUUGGAGAUAGACCCAAAGAAAAGAGCAACACUUGAAGAGAUAUUUUCAGAUGAAUGGUUUAAAGAUAUCCCUGCUUGCACAAUGGAUAGCAAAAAUCAAGUGAUAAGGGCACCAGGCCAUCAUCACACUGUUGUAAAAGAAGAAAAUGCCCACUUAGCAACAUACAAAAUAUAG